CUGUACGCAGGUCAGUGCAGCAUCGACAGUUCACGGUACGAGACAUAUUUUUUUAUUCUUUCUUCAACCGUGUAUAAUUUCGUCGUUGUUAACUCGUUUUGCAUUAAAUAAAUUGUCAAUUGCAGAAAAUAUGUUUAACUGUAACGUAUCCAUUGCAUUUUUUAUUAUACUUCUUUUAAAAGUUGAAAGUUUCGUUACAUUCGGAAAUUGUUACGUCUUACCUGAACCAACAUUUGAAAUUUUAAAACCGAAGGGAAUUCGAAUAUCGAUACCAGAUGAACGAGGACUAAAAUUUUUCGCGUUACAAGGAAAUGUAAACAAAAAUAUUGCGCCCAACGAAUUAGGAGAUAUAUCAGGUGAAGUGUACAAAGAAACAGAUGGAAAAUGGAGCUUUCGAAAGGAAAAUAUAAAUUUAAUGAACGGAGAUGUCAUACAUUACUGGAGUUACGCGCAAGUUGAUGGAAAAACAUAUAGAAAAACAGAUCAAACAUGGACAGUUAUUUCCGAAAAAGGAAAAACUCAAAACAAAAGUACAGAAAAGUAUGAAACAUCUGCCGGUGAAUUAUUAUUGUUUAAUGAAAAUUUUGAUUCUUUAAAUGAAUCAGUUUGGCAGCGUGAGAUCAGAUUCCCUUUGGAUCCUGAUUACGAAUUUUGCGUGUACCACAAUGAAUUUCAUCAAACUUUGGUACAAGUUGCAAGUGGGAAACUUCGUAUUAAACCAGUGAUUUUAGAAGAUCUAUAUGGUGAAGAUAUAACUGCAUAUGGAAGAAUGCAACUUGGUGGUUGUACCAGUAUAAUUCCAGCGGAAUGUUCGCGAAAUGCCACAGCCUUCAACAUAUUACCACCCAUUAUAUCCGCCAGAUUUACUACAAAGAAUAGUUUUCAUUUUCGGUAUGGUAAAAUUGAAAUAAGGGCAAAAUUUUCAGAAGGUGAUUGGCUGUACCCAGAAAUGUGGCUGCAGCCGAAAUAUGACGGCUACGGUCCAGGAUAUUCCAGUGGACGCGUCAUCCUUGGUCUUGCUCGUGGAAAUGAUAAUUUAAUUAAUACCACUAAUCAAAAAAUCUUCGACUCGAGAAAAUUGGACUUUGGGUUUAGAGCUGGCGCAAAUACACACGUCGACGAUUACAUGGUUUCUAAAAUUUAUAAAAAUGGUCAACGAUGGACGAAAGAUUUUCAUAUUUACACAACAAUUUGGAACAGUGAUGGAUUUCAAUUUCUAGUAGAUAAUCAAGAAGUUGGUAGAUUAAAUCCUGAAGCAAAUGGGUGGUUAAAUAAUACUGCUUUCGAUAAAAUGGCGCCUUUCGAUCAAGAGUUUUACAUUACUAUCGGACUUGGAAUCGGUGGUAUACGCGUUUUUCCCGAUGGAACAAUUAGUUCAGGCAAUCCAAAGCCAUGGAGAAACGUCGAGGCAAAGGCGAUGUUAAAAUUUUGGCGCGCAAAAAACUUCUGGUUACCGACUUGGAAAAGAGAAAGUGGUAAAAUGACCAGUUUCGAAAUUGAUUAUAUUCGUGUGUGGUCAUCUUAAAAGAUAUGCAAAUAGGAAAUAAUACAUAUGUAUAUUUUUGUAAAACUUAUGUUAUGUGAACUUUUUGUUAGAAACAUUUAUAAAAGAAAAAACACUGAAAUAAUUUUUACAUAAUUUAUUUAAUUGUAUGCUAAAAUACAGCUAAUAUUAUAAAUUGUU